AGACCCUCUUCACCUACCGGGAUACAAACCGGAGGAACCAGGCAUGGAGGGAGGUGGCAGAGACAGUGGGUGAAACUGAUUUGAUACAAAUCAGCGAUGGAUAAAACAGGAUUGGUGAUUUUGCUGCUUCUUGCACUAUCUACGCUGUCUUGGAGUGUUACGAGAAAAUACACGUAUUUUAUGAUGCAGAAAAACUGGCAGGAAGCUCAGAGUUACUGUAGGGAGAAUUCUGGUGACCUGGCGACCUUUGAGUCUGAAGAGGAAUGGGAAAGAGGGAAACAAGUAUUUGAAAUCACUCCAGGAGCAUAUGUAUGGAUAGGAAUGUAUUCUGACAAUAGAGCCUGGAAGUGGUCCAUUGACAACACAUCUCUCUACGGGGAAGAUGGCAACACUCAAUUGGGAGUAUGGUUUGAUUUAGAAAUAAAAAAUCACAUUGGCAAACAGAUCUGUGUGGAAAUAACCUCGGGCACCCUGCAUAUCCAGCCAUGUGGUGAAUUACUGCGCUCAGUGUGCUAUGAUGAGCCCAACAAUACGUACAUCCCAGUUACGGUUCCUAUGACCUGGUCGUCAGCCCAGAGUUACUGCAGGGAGAAAUACACGGACUUGACCAGCAUGAAAACCCAGCAAGAGAAGGAGGAGAUCCUGAAGGUGACGAAUGAGUCCACCUGGUGGAUCGGUUUGUCGGCACAUCUCUGGAAUUGGUCCGACCGGAGUAACGUUUCGAUCAUGAAAUGGUUCGGUACUGAGCCUAAUGGUGGUGAUUCUCAACACUAUUCUCAGAUAGGUUGGGCUGAUGCUUACUGUUCGGACAAAAUGGGAUUCAUCUGUUCAGUUACUGUGAUAAAGCUGUUGAAGGUUGAACUGCAGUUUGAAGCAUCCUUGGACCUGACUGAUCCUUCAGUUCAGGAAGAUGUUCGGAACGAAAUGGAGAAACAUUUGAGGGUCAAUGGAAUCCAUGAGGAGUUCACACUGAGAUGGAGGAAACAUCCAACUAGAAAAGUCUCUGAAAAGAAGGGUGAACCAUGACUGUGAAAAUGUUCCCCAGUCUCACGGCAUUUCGUGUUAUAGUCACGAAAUGUAAUCUAUUGAUUCGUGAAUUUUUUUUUCAUUUCACACAGAACAAUUUUAAAAGCAAUUUAAAUAAUAACAAUUUAGAAAG